UGCGAGAGAGAGAGAGAGAGAGAGAAAGUGGGAAGGGAAACAAAAAAGCUUUCAAAUUUUCCACGGAGGUUAGCCGGAAAGUUGUCAACAUGCUGGAAACUGAUCUCUGUCUCGGGCUACCCGGCGGCGGGGGAGGCGGCGGAGGAGGAGGAGAGCCUGAGACUCCUAAAGCUAAUGGAAAAAGAGGGUUCUCUGAGACCGUUGAUCUGAAACUCAAUAUCCAAUCUGAGCCUCUUGCUACCGUCGAUCUGACACCACAGAAUAUGAAGAAUAAUAAUACUUCAACUGAUGAGAAGAGUCUUCUAAGCUCCAAAGAUCCUGCUAAGCCCCCUGCCAAGGCACAAGCCGUGGGAUGGCCACCGGUGCGAUCCUACCGAAAGAAUGUCAUGGCUCAAAAGAACUCUGACGGUGGCUCGGCUAUGUUUGUGAAAGUUUGUAUGGAUGGCGCACCAUAUCUGCGAAAGGUGGACUUGAAGAUGUACAAAAGCUACCAAGAACUCUCGAAUGCAUUGGCCAAGAUGUUCAGCUCCUUUACCAUGGCCGGUGACUAUGGGGCCCAAGGAAUGAUAGACUUCAUCAACGAAAGUAAGUUGAUGGAUCUUCUAAACAGCUCUGAAUAUGUACCAACCUAUGAAGAUAAGGAUGGUGAUUGGAUGCUCGUGGGAGAUGUUCCAUGGGAGAUGUUCGUUGAUUCAUGCAAGCGAUUAAGGAUAACGAAGGGGUCAGAAGCUAUUGGGCUGGCCCCAAGAGCGAUGGAGAAAUGCAAAAGCAGAAGCUGAAGAGGUGGUGGGUGGCGGCAUGAUUUGGUCGAUCCAUGAUGAAGCAA